AUGAGUCUUGAAAGGAGGAACAGUGUGAAAACAAGAGUAAGAAAAAUUUCCCAAGUGAGAAUACGAGGAAACAGGCAGACUGCAACUCGUAAAACAGGGAACAUUUCUACUUUACUUCGUAAGAGGCGGCACAACCCGCUCGCCCACCGGGAAUCUUCCCGCUUUCCAACCCAAAAGUUUGCCUUAUGGACCUUCGGCCUAAAAGACAAAGCUGGCUGGAAGCGAGCCCCUUUCGAGGUGCGCGGCGGCGGCGUGGCGUCCACACGCGUCCCCUCGGAAGCCGCGUCGCGCCCCGGGCAGCCGAGUCCCCCGGGUGACUCGCUGCUUCGCCCGCCGCCGUGGCUCCUACCUCAGCGCCCGCACCCCGAGCCGCCUCCCGGCCUCCGCCUCGGCCGCACGCACGCGCGCCCUCCCACCGCGGCUCCGCUUCCCGCCCCUAGUCCGCGGCCCCAGCCACCGCCACGCGCACGCCCAGCGCCGACCUGCCCGGGGAGGGAGGGUCCAGCCACUGGCCGCGGAGCGCGCUCCGCCCUCCACUUCCUGGUCGGGCUCCCGGCAACCACCGCGACGCCGCUCGGAAAACGCGCGUGCGCCACUGCGUGCCCCGCCCCCGGCCCUAUGAGAGGAGGAGCCUGCUGGGGCGUGCGACGUCUCCAUGACGACCGGAGGGUGGCCCAGAGGCUGCGGGCCACUUCGCUCCAAGAUUCACUGCGCUAA